CACACACACACACACACACACAAAUCCCUCUGAUUGUUCUUACCACCUCCUUCGUGAAUUACCCACAACGACAGCCAUUCAAUCAGCUGCUGCUGGCUGUAGGGGACUAGCGGAGGGUGUGUGUGUGUCUCUCUCUCCCUCUUUUUCACACAAGAGGAGUCAGAUGUAGCUUCCCUCGGUUUUUUUGGGGGGAGCUACCGAGAGAGGUGGGCAGGGAGUGAGACCUUCAUCGGGGUUACCGUCUUUGAAGGGAGCAGCACUUGCUCUCACACGAAGAGGUGUGGGGAAGGAUUUUUGUUUCUUUGCCGGAUGAAAAUGUUGAGUCCUGCAAACGGAGACCAGCUUCACCUAGUGAACUAUGUGGAGGAUUAUCUGGACUCCAUCGAGUCUAUGCCCUUCGAUCUGCAGAGAAAUGUCUCCUUGAUGAGGGAAAUUGACGCCAAAUAUCAAGAGAUUCUGAAGGACCUGGAUGAUUACUAUGAAAAAUUUAAACGGGAGACAGAUGCUGUGCAGAAGAGAAGGAUGUUGCACUGCAUACAGAGAGCCUUGAUUCGAAGUCAGGAACUGGGGGACGAGAAGAUCCAAAUCGUCAGUCAGAUGGUGGAGCUUGUUGAGAACAGAACAAGGCAAGUGGACAGCCACGUGGAACUGUUUGAGACUUGUCAAGAGACUAAUGACACCACUGGAAACAGCGGGAAAGCCAGCCAGGAUAAGUCGAAGAAUGAGACAAUCGCACAGGCUGAAAAGCCCAACAACAAGAGAUCGAGGAGGCAACGGAAUAAUGAGAAUCGAGAAAAUGCCUCAAAUAAUCAUGAUCACGAUGACAUCACCUCAGGAACACCAAAGGAGAAGAAAGCAAAAACAUCCAAGAAGAAGAAACGAUCCAAGGCUAAAGCAGAGCGGGAAGCUUCUCCCCCUGACCUUCCUAUUGACCCUAACGAGCCAACAUACUGCUUGUGCAACCAAGUCUCCUAUGGAGAAAUGAUAGGAUGUGAUAAUGAUGAGUGCCCCAUUGAAUGGUUUCACUUUUCUUGUGUGGGACUCAACCAUAAACCAAAGGGCAAAUGGUAUUGCCCCAAAUGUAGAGGAGAAAAUGAGAAAACUAUGGACAAGGCGUUGGAGAAAUCUAAAAAAGAAAGGGCAUACAACAGGUAGUUUGUGGACUUUUCAUAGUGAAGGAAAAAACCCACCAAACCAGUGUAUUUAUUGUCAGUGUCACCUUUGUUGAGGUGAAAGGAUUGUAAAAUGUAUAUUUUUAAAGGAGGUUUAAAACUGAACCAUUCCUGUUACAGGGACGGCAAUAAGAAAUUUUGGGUUUCAUUUGGUAAGCUGUAACAAGAAUGUGGUCUGUGGACCAAUGUAUUCCAAAAGUAAAAUUAUAAGACUAUUCGGGUGUUUCUUAAAAGAUAAAUUAAUAAUUUUCUUUAUUUCUUUUAUUUUUCUUUUCUUUUUUUUUUUUUUUAUAGUGCUGGUAGCACUCUACCCAUUAAAAUUUUGACAAAUAUCUCUGAAAUGUAAUUUUGUUUUCUUUAAUGAAAAAUGUUAUUUACCUUUUGAGUAAAAUUGAUAAAUAGUUUAACCACCUGGCUGUAUCUGAAUAAAGCUGCAACACAUUGCAAAAGUAACUUCUUUUGGUGAUAAGCAAGAACAAACAAAAGGAGGGUAAAAUUUGGUUCCUGCUACAAAGUGUCAGUAUAACAGUUCAAUAGCAAAUGUUUAAAUAGGCUUAGAGGAUUAUUUUUUCAAACAAAAAGUUAAUGGUUAAAUUUUAAACAACAAAUAUUUUAUAUGCUGGCCAGGUACCACAAAGGCCAUUUUUAAAUGAUUGAAUAUGUUUUGUAUUUAACCAGGAAGUGGUUUAGUAAUGAGACAUAACAUAAAUGAAGCUUUAUACUGUCACAGAUAGUGGUGUAGCAAUCCUUAAUUUGUUUAAGUUGUAUAAAUGUACAUUUUAAGUGGAGUUGCACUUACUGUAUUAUACUUGGAAAUGCAGCCAAAUGCCAUUGUGUAACCAAUGUGCAUUUCCUGCUGUAUGUAUGAAAAUUGUACAGAUGUGAUAUUCAGAAAUAAAUGAAAUGACUUUGA